AUGCAUAUCCACAUCAUAGCUUGGGCGCUGGGCACAGCCGUACUAUUCCUUGGUGGGCUUGUGUCUACCCAGUCUGGUUUACAGGUGAUGAACUUCUAUAGCACUCCUGAUCAACAAGACCAGUAUUUUCUGGCCAGUACAUGGUUCCGGACCGCCACUUCCUGGAAUACUCGACCAAAUUCAGCAGCUCAACCAGUCUCUGAACUCACAGAUCAGCAUUCUCCUUCUUUGACCGUAGAACGUCGAUCAACCACCAAACAUCUCAUAACCGCCAAUGUCACUACUCUCCUUCCAGCUGCACGAAGUGUUGUCCGCGAAACGGCAGCCGACUGGAUCAUCGCUGCUGAGUCGGAAGAAGGAGAAGAGAGUUCAUGGUCCACCAUCCUCUGGAACUCCUUCCCGUGGUCCGACUUCCGAAAUUUCAUCAUCAUUAUUAUCUUCCUUGGGUAUUGCUGUAAACUCUAUAUAGACCGGGCGGCCCUAGGAGAGUCAUUGAGCAUAUACGUGCCCUUGGACCAUUGCAAAACAAGGCAGAUUGAGGAACUAAAGCAAGAAUUAAAAACCUCGGAAACUCAAAGGAAACAGUCUUCCGACAAUCAACAGCUGCAGCAUGCUCAAUGCCAGCUUGAGCUUGAAGAAGCCAACAGGGUCAUUGCAUGGCAGAAGUCUCAGUUGGAGAAGGUAUUGGAAGCUAAUGCCAGCGAAGUCAAGGACGUUGCUCAGAUCUAUUCGAGUGUGCAGGACAUAAUCUCCUCAGAGCUGAACGCGGAUGCUGAAUCAGACUCCUGCUGCGCAGAUGAACCCUCGUCCAACUUGUCGUUGCAGAAAAACCUAUCGGUCAGGCCCAUCACGUGGUAA